GCCGGCUCCUCGCCGUCAUGUGGGGAUCGUUGUCGCGCGGCAGCGGGGAUGGGCCGGGGGCGGCGCGGGGCGCGGGGCGAGCGCUAGAAGGGAACGGUCGCUCGAACGCAGCGGGAAAUAAUUCAUUCGUCGACGGUACGAGCGCGCUAGAAGGUCACGUAGGCCUCCGCACUCCGCAGAUCCGCACCAGAAAAUCCACAGCUAGUUUCGAACGCGCUGGACUCGUUAUCAGAAGGUGCCGCUGGUUGUACUUUGGGCGAUAAGAUUGGGGCGUAGAUAGGAUGGGUUGGGCGGCGUGAUUUCGGCAGCGGAUCGGCCGGCUCGUUCGGUUACCGACCUAUCUCAAUAUUCGACGCAGUUAAGUGGUCAUGGACGAUUGUUGUUGCACAAGGUUGUUCGGUUCGUUCGAGUAUUCGGCCUGAUCGGUUUGUGCUUGUGUCGCUUCGGUUGAUGGUGGUUCGCGAUUAGGGCAGCAUGUCGGCCAAAAGGAAAGCUUCGGCUAUCAUACAGCAUCAUAAGGAGAGUCUUCCCACCCCGGAAUCUUCUGAGGGUAACGAGGAGGAUCAUUACGGUGGAACCGGGGCUAUGAAAGACAGCGACAAGCUCAAGUUGAUGCUAUUGGCGUGGAACUACCACAAUAAUCAAGGAGGCAGAAAUGGCAACAGUGAUAUCCCCGAUUUGUCGUCAGUACCCGGCACAGAAGACAUGGUAGGCCUGUGGGCGCAGUACCAUUCGGCCUUAGGACUCGCCAAAGGAAAGGCUACUCCUCCCACGAUCAGAGACAAUUCCAGUCCCGUGAACGCCGAGACGGGCUCUGCCCACGACGAAACGAGUUCCAGCGGUAACAAAGAGGACGAAGACGACGAUGACGAUGAAAGUGAUGAUAAAAUCGACACACAAACGCACGACCCCGAAAGACUGAAAGCAUUCAACAUGUUCGUAAGACUGUUCGUUGACGAAAACUUAGAUAGGAUGGUUCCUAUUAGCAAGCAGCCCAAGGAGAAGAUCCAGGCGAUAAUCGAUUCCUGCACCAGGCAGUUUCCCGAGUUCGCGGAGAGGGCCAGGAAGAGAAUACGAACGUACUUGAAGUCCUGCAGGCGGAAUAAGAGGGCGAGGGAUCCCAAUUCGCCAUGGGAUGCUACCAGACCUACGCCUGCUCAUUUGACCUCCGUGCAAGCCGAGCAAAUUUUGGCCACGGCUUGCGAGAACGAGAGCCAUAACGCCAAAAGAAUGAGAUUGGGUUUGGAACCUGUCAGUCAACCCAUGCCUGUGCUACCUGGAACCCAACCGACGGACACGACCGCCCAGAUCAACUCAUCGAGGGGACUGGAUUUCUCCAACAGCACCCCCGUGAAAAUGGAGAGCGACGUGAUCUCGACAGGGUUCUCGGCCACCAGCACGCCAUCGUCAACUCCCAACUCGACCAAAGUCCUACCGGCUAGCCAAGACACCAAAGCAGCGAGUCUCAGCGGCGGCGUUUCGAACGCGACCGGCGUCCUGGGGACAAUAGGGAUGAACGGGAUCGGGAUAGCCAGUACGGCGAGCGCGGCGCCCACCGCCAUGUACCGGCCCAACUUCACGCAGGCAUUCCAAAGGUCGGGGCCGUAUCCGCUGUUUCCGGGAUCGACGCCUUUCGCCUCCGGAGGAUUAAUCACGAACGGUCCUGCGGAUUUGAGCAUGAAACAGAAACCUCUGUUGAACCACAAAUUGAGCGCUGGAGAAAUAACGGCCGUGCGACAGCUAAUAACGGGCUAUCGCGAAUCGGCGGCCUUUCUGCUGCGAUCGGCCGACGAAUUGGAGCAGCUCCUGAUCCAGCAGCAGUAGUAUUUAUCGGGCGUUAGCGGCUUCAGUCCGUCGAAGAAGUUGUUCGAAACGAAUUGAACGUUCGUUGGCGUGCGCGUCCCGUUCCGAACAGGUCGAUUUUAUCGUUAAACUGUACCUGAGCGUACCCCAUGGUAGUUGUUUAAGGAGCAAAUGAGCGCGAGAGACUCCUGAAUGCGGAGGUUCCGCAUGAAUGACUUCUUUGUCUGCGAGAUAUGCCAUAGAGCGAAGACGUGGUGGAUCUUCGCGUGAACUUUCGAUGUGUAAUUAGAAGCUACUGAAAAUCCAUUUGAGUGGGAAUUUUUUUAGUCAUUUUUUUUAAUGUAAUUCGGUGAAUAUUUUUUUUGGUCUAGUCAAUGGGAGGAAGUGUAAUGGAAUAAUUCGAGAAAUUAAGUAAAUCAGGUUUCCUAUCUAUCAAAAUAUUGGAUUUUUUUAACGAGUGAUCGAUGCGAUAUGAUGGUGUUGAAAAUUUGUGAUAUUUUAGUUAUAAAAUUAAAUGGAUUUUCAUCGACUCGACGUUAAUAUUAUUUAUUUUUAACUGAAUGUUGUAUAUGUGUAUAUAAUCUACCAAAAAAGAAAUGUAUGUAUUCUGCUGCUAGUUUUGCAUAUACUUCGUGAAAAUUGCUAAAAAAAUUGUACAAAUCGAGUUUAAAAAAAGUGUAAAAUAUUUAUUUAUCGAAAAUAUGAAAUUUAACGACUUUAUUACAGGGGAUAUUUUAUUAUAUUUGAUAUGAUCGUUAAGAAUUUAUUACAUUUCAGUGUACCAAAGAAGAAAAAAAAAUUAUUGUACAUACUCCAAAAAAUACAUUUUUUUGUAAAAAAAAUUGUUGAUGUAGACGAAUAUUAUGAGUUGAUGAGAAAAUUCGAUGUGAUGAGGAUUGUACAGGGUGUUUUGACAUGUGUUAGAUUAAUUUGAGCACUGUAGUACAUGGGCUUUUCAUGAUAUUUUUCGUUUACUUAUUAGUCAUUACAUUUUAAAAAAGUAUAUCUAAAUUGUAUUUGUGCUUGACAUUUGUUACAUAUACAUACGAGUUUCUGUGGAAUUUAUCAUUAUUUUCGUCUCAAUUAAACCGAUUUAAUUUGAAGAUUAAAACGUUACUUUUAAACUACUCUGAUCGUUUGCGAACUAUUUUUAAUUGAGACAAAAAUCCGGAAAUAUGUUUUAACCAGCACUCUGUACAUUUAACUUUUACUCAGACGAGAUAAAUUGUACCUAUAAUUUCCACAACCAGGAUUCUCAAAUACAAAUAAUCUUGUGAUUAUAACAUAUAGAUGUGUAGAUAUCGACCGGAAUAUGUAACAAAAAUUCCCGAGUAAAUCUGUUACCUCUGCUACUAUUCUGUACCUACAAAGUCGACAUUCCGAUUUUCGAACUGUCAAAAAAUGUAAUGUUUGAUCUGAUUCCACUGCCAGACUUAUGUAAUAAUAAAAUGUCCG